CCAGACUCGAUGCCAGCAUUAUUGCCUUUUGGCAGGCUUCAGCUUAUCCUGGCAGGCAUAAGAAUACACGAGGCUCACAUUUGCUCCGUUCUAUUCUUCCUCUCCUUCCCCUGCAAACUCCUCUCUUGCGCGUUAGCAACAUUGAGGAUUGAAAGAUGGCAAUCUUAGUUAUCUCGGUGGACCUCCAAUGCUGCCGCUGCAGAGCCAAGAUCACCAGGAUCCUGGACUGCCUCAAAGAGGAGUUCUGCAUCGAGAAGGUGGAGUUCGAGGACAAGCUCAACAAGGUGAUUGUGCGCGGGAAGUUCAGCGGCGAGAAGCUCUCCAAGAAGAUCUACUGCAAGGCCGGCAGGAUUGUCAAGGAGAUCGCCAUCGUCGAGGUCUGGCCGCCGCCCAAGCCAGAAGAACCUAAGCCUAAGCCGCCGCCGCCCAAGCCGGAAGACCCUAAGCCUAAGCCGCCGCCGCCCAAACCAGAGGUCAAGGUGGUGCCAUACCCGUACCCGGUGCCGUACCCUGUGUCGUCCCAGAGCUGGCCGUGGUGCCCGUGCCCGCCGCAGCAGGCGUGCCAAUGCUCCAAGCCCAAGCCGCAGCCGCAGCCGCUGCCGUGGCCUCCUCGGCCGCCGCCGUGCUCGUGCUCGACGGACGACGACAAGCACCACGGAUGCAGCUGCGGCGGCGAUAGGCCCACCCCGCCUACAAGGCCGUGCCAGUGCGGCGGGACGCCGCCAUGGCCGCCGUGCAGCUGCGGUCCCAAACCGCCGAUGUGCUGGCCGCCACCGCCGCCGCCAGCGGUUGCCUGCCCGCCGUGGUGGUGCGACAUGGUCACCGAGGACAACCCGGGGUGCUCCAUCAUGUGACAAAAUGGUUCCUAGCUUACUGCAGGCUGUUACUGUGCCUGCUGCGAUCAGCACUUCCCUCGGAAAUCGCAAUAAUCCGACACUAGUCGGCGCCAUUCGUGUUCGUUGUGAAACUUUUGGACCUUGGUCCUCGCUUUGUGUCAUACUGUCAUUUGGGUUGUUGUGCAGUGUGUAUGUGUGUCGUGUCUUGAACUUCGUCUUCAUUUUUUUUCUUCAAAAAAUUGUAACACUGAUGUAUUCAUUUGAUGUUAUAUGUUCGUCACUGUAUGAGUUCCAUUA